AUGGAAGAGAAAAGGAUAAUGCAUUAUUGUAGCUCAGACAAAAUUUUGCUUGUGGGAGAGGGAGAUUUUUCCUUCUCACUCUCCUUGGCAAGGGCAUUUGGCUCAGCUGUUAACAUGGUUGCUACCUCUCUAGAUAGUAGAGAGUCUCUAGUUCGCAAGUAUGGAAGUGCAUCAAGUAAAUUGAGUAAACUUGAGGUUCUUGGCUGCACCAUCUUCCACAAUGUGGAUGUUGAGAACAUGUGUCAACACCAUUAUCUCAAGAACAAUAGAUUUGAUCGCAUUAUCUUUAACUUUCCCCAUGCCGGUUUCAUUUUGCGUGAAAUCGAUGAAAUGCAGAUUCGGCUUCACAGAAGAUUAGUGAGUGGAUUUCUAAAAAGUGCUAAAGAAAUGGUGUAUUAUGGAGGAGAAAUUCAUAUUUCCCACAAAACAGCACAUCCAUAUAGUAAAUGGGACAUCAAGGGUCUGGCAAAAAAUGAGGAAUUGGUUUUUAUUGAAGAGGUGGAUUUUCAACAAUCAGAUUAUCCAGGUUAUAGUAACAAGAGAGGUUCUGGCUUGCAAUGCGAUCAGAGUUUUCCUAUUGGAAAGAGUAGUACUUUCAAAUUUAUGAGAGAUAGUUUUUUGAUCAUAUAA